AUGGAAAUGUUACUGCAGAAGCCACGUCCAGCCCAUCAUUCUCCUCUCCAUUCAAGGAAUGCCUCAAAUCUGGACUUACAGUUGCUACCAGAAGGCUGCGAUUACUCUCCAUACUGCCUCAACAGAAACGGCAACAAGGCUCAAGAGCAAUAUCAACAUGGAGCAGACAUCGAAGGUGCCAUCACGUCAUCAAACUCGUCACACCUUCACAUUCAGGGGCCGCACAUAGACGCGAAGAUGACUGCAGCCAAGAACGACAGCACAGAGUCUUGGUUAAAAGCCGGCAUUAUCGGGACUUCUAUCGAUGGGACAGCAGCAUCCUUGUCCUCAUAUUCCUCCAUAUACUCUUCAUCAGAGCGACAUCUACAACGACCAGGCAGUGUCGCUAAAAGUGAGACAAGUGGACGAAGUAGCCUCGUCUCCAAAAGUCAAGAGAGUGCACAAAGUAUAUCCAGCUCUGUGGGAGUUACAAGUUUAAGUAACGACAGCAUCUUCAGCCAGAGACUUGCUCAGCAGCAGCGACAAAAGUCAAAGAAUAAAGCAGAUCUUAAAAGCAAGUCGCCAAACCAGUCGAUAUCCUCCUUUACAUUCCGGCGUAUAAAAGACAAGGAGCAUAAUCCGUUCAAAUGGCUGUGUCGUCGGUCAGACAGUAAUAUACGACACUUGAAUCGAGUCAUGCCCGAACAGCAAGAAGCAGUCCUAGGGCAACAACCGUAUAUGUCAAAGCAAGUAGGAAAGGAAAAAUAUCAUGAAGCAGAUCCGGCCAAAAAAUCUCAAAGACAGAACCAGACCCUACCUCGCGGAUAUGGAUCUGAUCUUCUUGACAAAAUGUCAAAGCUAGAGGAGAAAAUCGAUACUUUGAUUGUCUCUCACAUCCCCGCAGGAAAAGAGGUCGAAAACCAUCCCUAUAUUGAAGGAGAAAACAUCAAAGAAAAGCGACAAAACACGGCACAACCUCACGAUGAUGAGGAAAAAGAUGACCAAUUACAACAUCGGGAAACUCUCACGGCUGAAAUCGACCGUCUAAUAAAAUCCAACAACAAACUUUCCUCAUGCAUUGAAGCUUUAGGCUCCUCCGGCAUCAUUGAGCUCAUAGAAAUGCUGAGCUUUUCCAUAGAACAACUCAACUCGGAACUUGUCUCUCUGCGGAAACAGCAGCAAGAACAGAAUAACAACACCACCAGAGAAACAUCUCACGACGACAGCAACCUGCAACAACAGCAGCGAAUCAAAGCGCUUGAGAUACAAGCAAACACCAUACAACGUCUAGGAAUAUUACUAGAACGAAGCGAGGAACAGAUAAAGCAUGAGAAGAGAACGACCAGCAGGUACAUCGAGACCAUUUCAAGGUUGGAGAAGAUGGUUCAAGUGUUGGAGGUUGAAUGGCGCAAAGUUGUGCUAUUGAUUGAUAAUUCUGAGGUUGAUAAUAACCGUGUCAGAGGUGCAUCGAACUAG